UUGACGCCUCGGGCUUUCAAAACUCUCGUGUGUUUGUGGGACUUGAUGUUGGCGCACAGGCUCCUGUGUCUCGAGAGGAAACGCGUCCGAUCUCGCGUUGAGACGCGUCUGUGUCAGUCCAAGUUUCUGAUCGCUCCGGACGCGCGUUUAAUGCGAUGAAACGUGGAUGUUCAGAAUUAUGAAUUAUCAUUACAGGAUAGAGAAGAAAGGAAACGUUUUAAGGAAUACUUUUUCAUUAUCUGCGGAUUAUUUUCACUUGUCAGUUUGACAAAUUCCUAAUUUAUUCCACUCAAGUCCAUGACAGGAGAGGUCGACCAGGACAGAAAAGAUGCCAAAGGCUGGAGAAAUCCAGAGAGUUCCAUGGCAAGGCCUGCCCGAUGUGACCUGAGAAACUGGAAGGUGAUGCUGUUGAUAUUUGUAUGUCUUCUGAGUCUGGCUGAUGGACAUUUUCUGCAGAAGGGGAUAGAAGAACUUCACCCCGGCAUGCUGAGAGCCCCUUCAACACCUUCAGAUCGUACCAAACACCAACAGAACCCGGACCGGUGGCAGAGCGAUGCACCCUGGGCCGGACUGCAGGACGCAUCUGUGGUAGAAGAGGGUGAGGAACCUCGAGUCCGGUGGCAACGCUCCUCCACAAGCGUCUCCACCUUGAGAAAAUCCCGCAAGGAGCGCAAGGAACGUCGUAACCGGACGCGAGGCCGAAGCAGCCAGGACUGUCGUUUGGAGAGGAAGGAGAUGCGUGUGCGUGAUCUGGGACUUGGAUACGACUCGGACGAGAUCGUCCUGUUUAAGUACUGUAUAGGAACGUGCAUGAGCGCCCGCAGGAACUAUGACCUGGCCCUGAAGGUGCUGACGGAUAACGGCAGCGUUCCGAGCCGCAAGGUGAGCACUCAACCCUGCUGCAGACCGACGCGCUUUGAGACCGUCUCGUUCAUGGACGCCCAGACCAGCUGGCAGACCAUCAAGUGGCUUUCAGCAGCCAACUGCAGCUGUGUAGGAUGAGAUGGCAAAAAUGGUCACAAGCUCCUGUAGAGAGAGAGAAAGUUCUUUGGAGAUUUCUUGGAAUUCUUCUGCAGAGAAACAGUGUUGCUGCGCUCCUGCUCAAACCGAAGAGCGUUGACAGAAGAGUGCAACCACACCAGGUCUGAUCUGAUAUCGUGGGCACAGGAAGCGUCAGAAUAAGGGAUGUCCUGCGGGGUAGACGUCACCUCGCUGUCGGUUGUUGGAGACAGUAGAGAAGCUGAUUCCUCUGACCUUAUAUUUCCAUGAGGGAGCUGAUAAACGUACCAAUGAGUCCUCAGACACCUGUUCCAGACUGCAGUUUUGUGAAAAGUAACUUGAAGGCCUACAUUUCACAUUGUCUGCCUCUCUGCAUUGUGGGAUUGAGGAUUUGUAGACCAGUAUGUUCUGAGGUUGACGUGGAUAUCAUGAAGGUUCAUUUUACCAAAGCGGAAGGUGCUUUUGAUUCACUAAUCAGUUUAACGUGUGUGUUUGUUAUUAUACACACACACACACACACACUUUCUCAUAAGCCAAAUGCACACUACUCCUGCUGAAAUUGCUGGUUAGUGCUAGUGGUUUGGUUUUGGUCGAGGUGGUGGACCAACAUAGCUAUAAAGUUCACCUGCAAAAGAACACCAGUCGACCAGCAUGGUGUUUCUGGUGAAUCUGCUUGACCAAAGACACAAUCAUUCAAAACACAACAUAUGUGGGUGACCAACAACACCUUAAAAAUAAAGGUGCCUCUUGAUGCCAUAAGAACUAUUUCAGACCAGGCUGAAUGGGUCUAUAAAGAACUUUUAACAUCCGAAGAUUGUUUCACAAGGUUCUUUGUUGUUGAAAAAGCCUAUAGCAAAAGAGAGAAAUGGUUCUCAGAAGAACGUUUGCGCGAAUGGCUCCUUGCGGAACCAAAAAUGGUUCUUCUAUGGCAUUGCUAUGGAGACCCGUUUGUGGCAUCGUUAUUUUUAAGAGUAAACGUGAACUCCAAGCAGCUGGGCAAGACAGAAACUUGUUGGUGUUUUCAGUUUGCGACAGAAAGCCCCAAAUCAUAGUAUAUACUAUAUAGUGUCUCUUUAAACAGCGAAAAUAAGACUUAAAAAAUAAGUAUUAAAACAUUUUUGCUACUGUGGUCUUUCAAUGCAGGUUGACCAGCUUCUGUCUUGUAUUUGCACCCUUAGUGUAAUAUACAAACUAACACAAACACACACUCAUCCACACAGCCAGCUGGGCAGUUUUCUUAAGCACAUUCACCAGCCUCUGUUCAGUUCAAGAAAUACCUCUUUAACGUAUGGUCCUCUGAAACCUUUUCUCUAAAAGCUUUAAUGUUGUUUUUUUCUUUAUCUCUCACUGCAUGAGUGAUUUCCUGUUUCUUUGUGCAUUUUUUCAAAUUAUGGAUAGAUCUGAAUCAGUGUAGACAGCGCAUUUACAAUGACAAUGAAAUGACAAGUAAUUCAAACAUGACUGUGGGAGAAAGACAGACAAUCUGGUCAAUGUCUUAAUGCAGAUCACUUCUAAUUUUCGAAAUUUUUUUGUUUUUGGUAAGACAUGUCUUUAUUAUCAUAUUACAUAGUAUACAAUAAUGAAUGAUAUAGUUUGGCUGUUUGUUAAUUGAACACUGUAUGCUGUCCACACUGACUCUGGUCUAUAAUACUGUGAUAACCGCUUAACCAAACUUUUCUUUAUUACAACAACAUCAUGUCUUGUGAUGUCUUUUGCUUUGAUUUAUUAUAUGUGAGGUAAACAAUACCAAAGCAUACAUGACCUCAGGUAGGGACAGUGGGCGGCGGUCUAGAUGUGCCUGGAAAUAAAAUGUGGUGUUCUAAAGCAUGAAUUUCCGCUAUAAAUGUGAUAUGUGUAGUUACGCCUCUAUAAUCUACAGUCUACUCUCAAAUCAUAUGGUUUACCUUAAUUUCACUCUUUAGACAUGUGUAACUUUCUCAGAGAUGUUGAGUUGCAGUGAAUUCACGGGUCCUGCUAAAAACAUGUCUCGGAUGUAUUUCACCCCAAGUUCUGCUUAAAGAAAUUACAAUUAAUUAUUGCAUUCAUGAAUUGCUUUCAAAGAAUUGCUUUGUUACUCUAAAGAAAAUUGAUCAAAAUCACAAUUGGAAUAAUGAGAAUGAUUUAAGAAAGAGAAAGCAAAUGUCUGUACAGUAUGCAUUUCAAUAAUAAGAACUGGUUGAUGUGGUUUAUUUAAAUGCUGAUAAAAAUGGGCUUUUUUUUAAAUGCAAAAUGUAAUUUCUUGUUUUUCUAUUUUUGAUUUUGGGGUAAAAAUGUUAGUUUCACCCUCAGUACCAAAAAUAAUGUUUUGUACUUAAACAUGACAAAAUUACAAUUUGUUUUAAAUGUAACAGGGAUUGUAAUAAGGUGAAUUGAAAGCAUUUUAAAUUUGAUUUUAAUUUGUUAUCAUAUUUGUUAUCUUUUGUUAGAUUUGUUGUGUUUCAGACCUGUCUUUUGCAAUUUUUCUCCGAAUGUCUGUUUUUGGCACUGACAGAUUAAGCAUUGAGCUCUUUCUCAACAGUUCAAUAUGUCAGACAGAUGCAUAGCUUUUUAUUGUCAUGUCACCUUUAUAAUGACCUCUCUUACUUUUACUUUUAAGAAUGUUUUUUUAUGAUUAUCGAGGACGUUUUGGUCAGUUUUGAGUUUUGAUCCUAUCAGAGUCAAGGAUUAAGUGGUUAUAAAUGUGUUUCCCUGCAGCCUUUGAAAGAUGGUUUGUACGUUGACAAUGACAUCCCUUAACUCUUUGGGUGCUGUGCAUCCCCAGCUUUAUUUAAGGGAAAUUACUGCUAUGGUUUGAUGUAUGUAUUUAUUGUAGUUUUUGUAUACAAAAAUCAUAGUUAUCAUAGUUAUAUUUUUUAUUAUUUAUAAAGUGUAUAUACAUUGAAACA